CCACCUGGACAGCCUUACUUUCCGCGACACGAAUCCUCAAAGAUGGCUGAGCAUCCAACGAUACAACCUGGCGAUCACAGUGCCUUCAUGAAGUAUGCUGUUCAACAGGCACGCCUGUCUCCGCCAGGACCUGACAAAUUCUGCGUCGGAGCAGUUCUGGCAGACGGCGACUCUGGGAAAAUUCUGUCUACUGGAUACUCUCUCGAGCUGCCUGGUUAUAUGGAAGGGGACAUGGGCAGCACGCAUGCUGAGCAAUGUUGCUUCAUCAAGGUGGCUCAGCAGCACGGCCUUCCGAUUGUUCGAGCCGAGGCACACAUUGCACCUGUACUGCCCGACAACACUGUUCUCUACACCACUAUGGAGCCUUGCAAUGCGAGAUUGAGUGGCAAUCGGACAUGUUGCGAUCGUAUCAUUGCACUCAAACCCAAGCUUCGUGUUGUCUAUGUUGGCAUCAGAGAGCCCAACACCUUCAUAGUUGAUAACGACGGCAAGCAACGUCUCGAAAGCGAGGGCGUCGGAUUUGAAAUGGUAGACGACGUUCACGACUUGUGCUAUGAGGUAGCAAUGACUGGGCACGAGGACGAAGGCAGAUAACUCUGUCGAUACCUUCGACAUCACGAAGAACAGCGAAACGAAGUUGACAGCAUCAUUGAGACAAUCGUCUAAGCGAGCAAGUCUCGACACAAACUAACUACUGGUUAUGUGGUCUCUGGAGCUCGCAGGUGUUCGAGCCCCGCCACAAACUCCUGCUGUGGGCCUACAUCCCUGCAGCUAAUGCAAACGCAGCUGUUGUAACCGCCAGCGGCACAGCAUACAUCCUUCUCGGCGCU